AUGGCAGUUGUAGGAAUUAAUGGAUUUGGUAGAAUAGGAAGAAUGUGUCUUCGCGCUUGCUUAGAAAAGCGCAUUGAGGUAAAAUUAAUCAACGAUCCAUUCCUUACAACCGAACAUAUGAUAUAUCUUUUUAAAUACGAUUCUACUCACGGAUCGUAUCGUCUACCUUUGGAAUGUGAUGAAGAGUUUAUAGUUAUCGGUGAGAUAAGAAUUGCUACAUCGCAAGAAAAGCACCCGAAGAAAAUACCGUGGAAAAAAAUGGGAGUAAUAUAUGUAAUAGAGGCUAGCGGAGCAUUUAUAACAGUAGAAAACGCAAAAUUCCAUAUCGAAGGUGGCGCAAAAAAAGUUAUUAUCACUGCGCCGUCAUCUAAUGCACCAAUGCUCGUUUUUGGAGUCAAUCAUAUGUGCUACAACCCUAAGGAUGACGAAAUCGUUUCUGCUACAUCCUGCACUACAAACUGUGCAGCUCCAAUUGUCAAAAUUAUGCACGACAACUUUGAAAUUCUCGAUGCAAUGAUAACUAGUAUACACGCGGUGACAGCAUCUCAAAAUACCUUGGAUGGUCCAAUAGAGAAGUGUCGGUCUACCACAUUAUGGAGAGACGGCAGAGGCGCUCUCCAGAAUAUCAUUCCGACUGCAACCGGCGCCGCCAAGUCAUUAGCCAAAAUUAUUCCCGAACUCAAGGGCAAAAUCUCAGCCAUAGCGUUUAGAGUACCGAUCUCUAACGUUUCAUUAUGCGACAUGACAUUCAGAGUUAAUAAGCCGACAACGUAUGAAGAAGUGAAAGAAGCGAUGAGAGAGGCAUCCAAAGGACAGCUAGAAAAUGUGCUGGGAUACACGGAAGAUGAUUGUGUGUCGUCGGAUUUCAAUCACACUACCUAUUCCUGUGUGUUCGAUGCUAAAGCAGGCAUUCCGCAGACUAGUACUUUUAUCAAGAUUGUUGCCUGGUAUGAUAAUGAAUACGGUUAUGCAUUUCGUAUAGCCGACCUGAUUCAAUACAUGUACAACGCCGAUCGCGGUAAUAUUCCUGUAACUGGACAAGCUAUCGAGCAUGGUGAUUUUUAA